GUGUAGUCAGAGGAGAGCGAGGUGGCUCUGGAAAACAGGCAGAGCUUCCUGCUGGGAACUGGGUGUCCAGCCAUGCUCUGGGCACUCUGGCCGAGAUGGCUGGUGGGCAAGGGGCUGCCCCUCCUGGGGGCAGUGCCACUGUGGAAGAGAAAGAAGAGGGGACCUCAGUGGAGGCACUGGCGGCAGGAAACCCACCCAUACUAUGACCUCCAGGUGAAGGUGCUGAGGGCCAGAAAUAUCCGGGGCACGGACCUGCUGUCCAAAGCUGACUGCUAUGUACAGCUAUGGCUGCCCACAGCGUCCCCAAGUCCCGCCCAGACAAGGACAGUGGCUAAUUGUAGUGACCCUGAGUGGAAUGAGACCUUCUGCUACCAGAUCCAUGGGGCUGUGAAGAAUGUCCUGGAGCUCACCCUCUAUGACAAGGAUGUCCUGAGCAGUGACCAACUCUCCUCGCUCCUGUUUGACCUGAGGAGCCUCAAACCUGGCCAGCCCCACAGGCACACCUUCCUACUCAACCACCAGGAUUCACAAGAGCUGCAGGUGGAAUUUGUUCUGGAGAAGAGCCAGGUGCCUGCAUCUGAGGUCAUCACCAACGGGGUCCUGGUGGCUCAGCCCUGUCUGAAAAUCCAGGGCACCAUCAGGGCAGAUGGGACAGCCCCACACCGGGAGUAUGGCUCUAGGCAGAUUCAGCUGGCAGUGCCUGGGGCCUACGAGAAGCCACAGCUCUUGCCCCUGCAGCCUCCCGUGGAGCCGGGUCUCCCGGCCACCUUUACCUUCCACGUGAAUCCAGCGCUGAACCCCACGCUGGAUGUGGAGCUGGGGGAGAAGCUCACGGUUCUACAGAGUGGCCCGAGUGCGGAGCUGGAGGCUCAGACCAGCAAACUGGGCGAGGGGCACAUCUUGCUCUCAUCUCUGCCCCUCGGCCAGGAGCAGCAGCACUUGGUGGCCCUGGAUGAGGGCCAGGAGGUGGCGCUAAGUGUGAAGACAGAGAUGAGCUCUGGGGACCUGGACCUGCGCCUCGGCUUUGACCUCUGUGAUGGGGAGCAGGAGUUUUUGGACAAGAGGAAGCAGGUUGUGUCCAAGGCCCUGCAGCAAGCACUGGGACUGAGUGAGGCUCCGGAUAGUGGCCAGGUACCUGUGGUGGCUGUGCUGGGUUCCGGGGGUGGGACCCGAGCUAUGUCUUCCCUGUACGGCAGCCUGGCGGGGCUGCAGGAUCUCGGCCUCCUGGACACAGUGACUUACCUGAGCGGGGUGUCUGGGUCUACGUGGUGCAUCUCCACACUCUACAAGGACCCAGCCUGGUCCCAGGUGGCCUUGCAGGGCCCCAUUGCACGUGCCCGGACUCGGGUCUGCAGCAGUAAGAUGGGGGCUAUGUCCACAGAGCGGCUACAAUAUUACACCCAGGAACUGGGGGCCCGAGAGAGCAGCGGCCACGGCGUGUCCCUCAUUGACUUCUGGGGUCUCCUCAUCGAGUAUUUCCUGUACCAGGAGGAAAACCCUGCCAAGCUAUCUGACCAGCAGGAAGUCAUCAGCCAAGGCCAGAACCCUUUCCCCAUUUACGCCAGUGUCAACGUCCGCACCAACAUCAGUGGGGAAGACUUUGCAGAGUGGUGUGAGUUUACCCCCUAUGAGGUCGGCUUCCCCAAGUAUGGGGCUUACGUCCCCACUGAGCUCUUUGGCUCAGAGUUCUAUAUGGGACGCCUGCUGCAGCUUCGACCUGAGCCCCGGAUCUGCUACCUGCAGGGUAUGUGGGGCAGCGCCUUCGCAGCCAGCCUGGAUGAGAUCUUCCAGAAGACGGCUGGCUCAGGCCUUGGCUUCUUGGACUGGCACAGAGGCAGCGUCAACGUCACAGAGGAUGACUGCCCAAAGCUCCAGCUUCACGACCCUGCUCGACUGCGAACGAGGCUCUUCACCCCGCAGGGUCCCUUCUCCCAGGCUGUGCUGGACAUAUUCACCUCCCGCUUCACUUCCGCUGAGAACUUCAACUUCACCUGGGGCCUCUGCCUGCACAAAGACUACGUGGCUGGCAGGGAGUUUGUGGCCUGGAAAGACACACACCCGGACGCCUUCCCGAACCAGCUCACUCCCAUGCGGAACUGCCUGUACCUGGUGGACGGAGGCUUCGCCAUCAACUCUCCCUUUCCGCUGGCCCUGCUGCCGCAGAGAGCAGUGGACCUCAUCCUGUCCUUCGACUACUCCUUGGGAGCCCCAUUCGAGGUCUUACAGAUGACAGAGAAGUACUGCCUGGACCGAGGGAUCCCCUUCCCCAGGAUUGAGGUGGGCCCCGAGGACUUGGAGGAGCCCCGCGAGUGCUAUCUGUUUGCCAAGGCUGACGACCCCCGCUCACCCAUCGUGUUGCACUUCCCCCUUGUCAAUCGAACCUUCCGCACACACCUGGCCCCAGGUGUGGAGCGGCAAACAACUGAGGAGAAGGCCUUUGGGGAUUUUGUCAUUGGUGGGCCAGACACCCCGUAUGGCAUGACGAACUUCACCUACGAGCCCGAGGAGUUCGAUCGGCUGGUGGCCCUGAGUCGAUACAAUGUCCUGAACAAUGUGGAGGCCGUGAGGCAGGCCCUCCAGCUGGCUCUGGACCGGCGGCAGGCUGCGGAGAGGGUUGGGGGCUGACCCAGGCAAGAGCUGUGGCAAAGGAGAGACCGCGGGCUGCUCAGCGAGGGAUCGUAGACGUUGUGGGGCUUCUGCUUCCCAUCUCACCAGGACUGGCCUUGUGGCCCUCCGGCCUUGGAGAGCUCUUGCAGAAUUGCAACUGGGACGGGGGAUAGGUCUCUCCACAUGGGUUUCUCAGUGGAACUGGGGCAGAAUGUCUCCCCAGGUGACUUUGGGGGUGCAGGGCAGAGUGCAGAAGUGCUCCCUUUACAGGGGGAUGUGGAAAGAAUCAGGCAACUGUGUAGCCACACUCCUCCCCCAAACAUAGGAAGACUUCAGAGGGCCCGGUCUCCAGACCCUCGCAGGAUGAGAGCUGUGAGAGAGGGGUGCAGGCUGUGCCCCUACACUGAGAUGGAAAGCAGAGAACAUUCACCCUUACCCCCAUGAGGUGGCCCAAACCCGAUCCCAUCCUGAGCUCCUGGACACGGAGCCACUGAGAAUAAAGAGGAGCUGUGGGGGCUGCCAGCUGUGCCCAGCUGUGCCCAGCUCCAACGUCCUGACAGCUAACACACCUUCACCUCCUAGCUCCCGCGUCCCUCCUCAUGGCUCACUCCCCACCCCUCUGUGCAGCUCUUAAAGCCUGAGGGAUGGUGGCCCUCCCUGGCUGGGCUCCAGCUUGUGGUUACGCAGCACCUUCCUGCUCACUUCCCAGCUCUUAAAACUUGGGUCACGUUCUCUGGUCACACGUACAGCUACCACCUCAUGCAAAUAUGGUCUCACCAUUGCAGGAGCUAAAUAGCUGUGGGUCGACGGGGCCUCCACUUGCCAGGGGCACAGUGAAUGCCUGCUGUGUGGGGGCAUACAUGUGCACAAGUUCCUAGUGAGGGCACCCGUCUGAUGGCAAGGGAGGGCAGGGUAGAAGGAGCCUAACCUGGCCUCUGAACUCCUUCACAGACACAUCUAAUGAUCUGGACAUGCCAUUUCUCUUUUUUCCCUGACUCACCUGGGCCCCUCCAGCUGUAUGGAGCCUCUCCAGGGUGGGCAGAUUCCAGGUCUGUGAAGAGGAGCUCCAUCUGGGAACCAGCAGUUAGCGUAAUGGCUAUGUCGCUGGACUCCCACGUAGUCCACCGCGAUUCACGUCCC